ACAUUACACACUCAAAGCUGCACUUCACUAAAAUCCAACUUCCAGCGGUCUCAUCAGCUUGAAGACGGAGAGAUGCGUUGAUCCUCUCUCCAUUCUUCUCCUCUUCCUCCUCCUCCUCCUCCUCCUCCUCCUCCUCCCAUCUCUAACGAGGAGCAUCCCGCACACUGAUUUCCACUCCGUCGGGCAGGCAGGCACACAGGAGGACGGACACCAGCCAGCCAGACACGAUGCGCGGAUCUCCCCGUCAUGAGACGGCCGUGGGAUUGAUGGUGCUGAUGAACGCGCUGCUGUUAGCGACGCAGGCUGCAGGAGGAGUCCCGACGGACCAUCUUGUGGUUCGGUUGCACGAGGACGCACAGGACGAGGCGCACCAAGUUGCAACACAACAUGGGUUCCAGAGUGCACGAAAGCUUCCCUUUGGAGGUGGCUUUUUUCACUUCUAUCCUCCAGAUACAUCAAAGAGGCGACGCAAACGCAACGCUCACAUCAGGCAGCGCCUUCAAAAAGACAGAAGGGUAAAGGAUGUCUUUGAACAAGAAGGUUUCAGUCGUCAAAAGCGAGGCUACAGAAACAUCAAUGAUAUAGAUGUCAACAUGAGUGACCCUCUAUUCACCAAGCAGUGGUAUCUGAUAAACACAGGCCAGGCAGAUGGGACCCCGGGGUUGGAUCUUAAUGUGGCUGAAGCUUGGCAACUUGGCUACACGGGCAAAGGAGUUACAAUCGCAAUCAUGGACGAUGGUAUCGACUACCUACAUCCAGACUUGGCAUCAAAUUACAAUGCCGAAGCCAGCUAUGACUUCAGCAGCAAUGACCCGUUCCCAUUUCCGCGGUACACAGAUGACUGGUUCAACAGUCACGGCACCCGAUGUGCCGGGGAGGUUUCAGCGGCAGCCAACAAUAACAUCUGCGGUGUGGGAGUCGCCUACAACUCCAAGGUGGCAGGUAUCAGGAUGCUGGACCAGCCCUUUAUGACUGACAUCAUCGAAGCAUCAUCCAUCAGCCACAUGCCUCAGAUUAUUGACAUCUAUAGUGCCAGCUGGGGACCGACUGAUGAUGGCAAGACGGUGGACGGACCCAGAGAGCUCACGUUGCAGGCUAUGGCUGAUGGUGUUAACAAGGGUCGUGGAGGGAAAGGUAGCAUCUACGUCUGGGCGUCGGGAGACGGUGGAAGCUAUGACGACUGCAACUGUGAUGGUUAUGCGUCGAGCAUGUGGACGAUCUCGAUAAAUUCGGCCAUCAACGAUGGACGCACUGCUCUGUAUGACGAGAGCUGCUCCUCCACUCUGGCAUCUACAUUCAGCAAUGGGCGCAAAAGGAACCCAGAGGCUGGAGUUGCUACCACAGAUUUGUAUGGAAACUGCACGCUGCGUCACUCUGGAACCUCAGCAGCAGCACCAGAGGCAGCAGGUGUUUUUGCUUUGGCUCUCGAGGCUAAUCCAAACCUGACAUGGAGAGACAUGCAGCACCUGUCUGUCCUGACUUCAAAGAGAAACCAGCUCCAUGAUGAGGUCCACCGGUGGAGGAGGAACGGCGUUGGCCUCGAGUUCAAUCACCUGUUUGGCUAUGGUGUGCUGGAUGCCGGGGGCAUGGUGAAAAUGUCCAAGGAUUGGAAAACAGUGCCAGAACGUUUCCACUGUGUAGCUGGGUCCAUUCAGGAAGCCCACAAAAUCCAGUCAGACAGCAAGCUGGUUUUGGCAAUCACCACGGAAGCCUGUCAGGGGAAGGACAACUUUGUCCGAUACCUGGAGCAUGUGCAGGCUGUCCUCACUGUCAAUGCCAGCCGCCGCGGGGACCUCAACAUCAACAUGACCUCACCCAUGGGCACAAAGUCCAUUCUAUUGAGUCGGAGGCCCCGUGACGACGACUCCAAAGUCGGCUUCGACAAGUGGCCCUUCAUGACCACCCACACCUGGGGUGAAGAUCCCCGUGGAACCUGGAUCCUUGAAGUGGGCUUUCAGGGAGACCAGCCACAGCGCGGUGUCCUGAAGGAGUGGACUCUUAUGCUGCAUGGAACACAAAGUGCCCCUUACAUAGACCAGAUUGUGCGUGAUUAUCAGUCCAAACUUGCCAUGUCCAAAAAGGAGGAGCUGGAGGAGGAGCUGGAUGAAGCUGUGGAGCGGAGUCUGAAGAGUUUAUUGAGUAAAAACAACUAAGGUUCAAAUGUCAUCUGCAUGUUGCCAACUAUGACACUUUCUCUCUUAUUUUACCGUCUCUGCAGUUUCACACUGUCCUCAAAAUCUAACCACAUCUUCUUAGUUAAUCUCAGUAUUCUCUCCUUUCAUACCCCCCCCCCUUUUUGCUUUUUGCAAUUAAACGUUUUAGUUAUUCUGUUCAAAAAAGUGUCAUGCCAAAGUGUAAUCCUCAAUUAUCUGUUCAAAGUAGGGAAAACAAAGUGCGUCACCUGAAUUUUUACACUCUACAGAACUGUACAUAUACCAAAUAUAAGCCACUCUACCAUACUCUUGCUUUCAUGCCCUGCACCUUUCUUCUGCCAAAUGUUGUACAGAUUGUGAUUGUAAAUUAUUCUCUGUGACUUAAAGUUUAACUUCUUGCAAA